AUGGCAAUCCUUUGGCUCGUUUCUUUGAUUGCACUUGUUGGUGCUACCUAUGGAUGUGGCAUCCCAGCCAUCCAGCCUGUCCUCACUGGUUAUGCAAGAAUUGUAAAUGGUGAAGAGGCCAUCCCAGGGUCCUGGCCAUGGCAAGUGUCUCUGCAGGACCGCACUGGAUUCCAUUUCUGCGGUGGAUCCCUUAUAAGCGAGAACUGGGUGGUCACUGCAGCUCACUGUGGUGUUAAGACUACAGAUCGUGUUGUCUUGGGUGAAUUUGACCAGCGUUCAUCUGCUGAAAGUGUACAAGUUAAGACAAUUGCCAAGGUCUUUAAGCACCCACAGUAUAGUUCAUAUACUAUAAAAAAUGAUGUCACUUUGAUCAAACUGGCCUCUCCAGCUGUGCUCCAAGAACAUGUGUCUCCUGUGUGCUUGGCCAACUCUGCUGAUGUGUACAGCAGCGGUCUUAAAUGUGUCACUAGUGGAUGGGGUUUGACAGAUUCUAGUGGUAAUCAAACACCAGCCAGAUUGCAGCAGGUGGUUCUGCCCCUUUUAUCCAACACUGAAUGCAAGAAAUACUGGGGAAACAAAAUUGCUGAUGUUAUGAUCUGUGCUGGAGCAGAUGGUGCCUCUUCCUGCAUGGGUGACUCUGGUGGACCUCUUGUAUGCGAGCAGGAUGGAGCUUGGUCUUUGGUGGGUAUUGUGUCUUGGGGAAGCUCUACAUGUUCCCCAUCAAGUCCUGGUGUCUAUGCACGGGUCUCUCAACUCAGGAGCUUCAUUGACCAGACCGUUGCUGCUAACUAG